CACAUCUCCAACACACCAAAGCUCCACUACUCUCUACUCUAUUAUUUCAUAUCAUAUCAGUUCAUUUUACACCAUCUGCGUUCUCAUCAAUGGCUGAGAUUUAUCCACAGCAGCAGCAGCCGACGUCCGAGCCACGGUCCCACGAGGUGGCGAAGGCAGCCACAGCCGCCACCGCCUGCGGCUCUCUGCUAAUCCUCUCCGCCCUGACCCUCGCCGGAACAGUGGUGGCGCUGACCUUAGCCACCCCUCUGCUGGUCAUAUUCAGCCCGGUUUUGGUGCCGGCGGCGAUAGCGGUCUGUCUUUUGAUUCUAGGGUUUGUGGCCUCGGGCGGGUUCGGUCUGGCGGCAGUCAGCGUGUUGUCGUGGAUUUACCGGUACGUGACCGGGCAGCAACCGCCCGGGGCCGAGCAAUUGGACUAUGCAAGGAUGAAACUGGCGAAUAAGGCUCGCGAAAUGAAGGACAAGGCCGAGCUGUUCGGCCAGCAGCACGUGACCGGUUCGCAACAGGCUUGGUAAAGAGGCCGUGACUCGGUCUCUGGCGGAGACGGUGGUGGCUGGUUUUGGAAUAUGAAGUGUACUUAAACGGUUCAUUGGCUGUGUUUGGGGGGUUGUGUUUUUAUGUAGUUUUUGAUCUUGGUGGUGUUUGGUUUGUUAUGAAUAAGUUGGUUUUGGUGCAUGUUGGACUUGUUUUGAGUGGAUGAUUGUAAUAUGGUUUACUCUCAUUAGUUAAUAUGAGAUUUCUUGUCUUAAUAAAA